AUGACAGAAGAGACGGUGACACCAGGCAACUGAGACAGGGCAAAGAUUGUGCAGAUAGCUGAGAUAGAUAGAUAGAUAGAUAGAUAGAUAGAUAGAUAGAUAGAUAGCUGCCAGCUACUCUUUCAAGAGGAGUAUACGGAUCACUGCCCCUGGAUUUACACAUUCUGUGUGCCCACUUUUGCCCACAAGAGGUGCCCAGCUGGAAUGCAUAGACCUGAGCCAAGUUACUGCACAGAGGAGACUACUCUGGGCCAACGAGGUGCCGGUUCAUGGGUACCCCCUCCGCCUGCAGCGCCUGAACCCGGUCACGCCCCCAGCUCGCCACCAGUUCCAGACAGCCCAGCGCCGAGCCCCUCGCCCGGCUAUGGAUACAGCCAGUCGGAAGACAAGGCCGGCGAGCAGCGGAUCCGGCGCCCCAUGAACGCUUUCAUGGUCUGGGCCAAAGACGAGCGAAAGAGACUGGCGCAGCAGAACCCGGACCUGCACAAUGCCGUACUGAGCAAGAUGCUAGGUCAGUCCUGGAAGAACCUGAGUGUUGUGGACAAGCGUCCCUUCGUGGAGGAAGCGGAGCGGCUGCGUGUCCAGCACCUCCAGGACCACCCCAACUACAAGUACCGCCCGCGCAGGAAGAAGCAGGCCAAGAAGAUGAAGAGAGCAGAGACCAGCUCCAUGUUGAGAAGCGAGGGCUACCCCGGGGGCCACCCUCAAACCACACUCGCCCACUUUCGAGAACUGCAGCCACUGGCGUCUGGUGAACUGGAAACGUACGGGCUGCCCACCCCGGAGAUGUCGCCUUUGGAUGUUCUGGAGCAGAGCGAACCUGUUUUUUUCCCUCCUCACAUGCGGGAGGACGGUGAGCCCGUGUCCUUUAGAUCAUACCAGCCUGCCAUCGACUAUGGACAGGAGAAGGCGCUCAGAGAGCUCGCCAUACAAUACUCUCCCUCGCCCACCCAGAUGGGCAACAUCCUUAGGACUCCACCGUCCUCGGCUUUCUUCUACACUCCUCAGGGUGGGCCUCCAGGCUGCGCCACCCUCGGCCAACUUUCCCCACCACCUGAAUCUCACCAGUUGGAACCCAUGGAGCAUCUGAACCCGCCCGAGCUGUGGGGAGAUGUCGACCGCAACGAGUUUGACCAGUAUUUGAAUAUGAGCAGAACUCAAGUGGCUAUCCCCGGGUACCACUUGUCCAUGUCCAAGCUGGCGUCCGCUAGGACUAUGGCCUGCGAGGAGAGCAGUCUGAUAUCUGCUCUCUCCGAUGCCAGUUCAGCUAUGUACUAUAGCCCCUGUAUCACCGGCUGAAGCAAGACUGCGGUGUGCCCGAGCAGCUGGUGCCCAUGGUGGCAGAUGGGUAUUAGUGCUGGGCACAUACAGCUCCAACUCAGUGUACUGCUGAGUGCCAGGUGCAGAUUAUCUCUGUAAUACAGGGUUGUGUGGAGGUCUGAGGAGGUCACGGCAGGCACACAGAUAUACGAACACGUCUCAAAUACCAUGGCAGCAGAUUGAAGGAGCACUCCGUUUUUAGGGGACAUGGACAUGCCCUUCUUCAAGCUUUUACUAAAUGUAUCGCUUG